UGCAUCAGACUAAACUACAGACAUCUGUGCUGAUCAACUGUCCACCUGUCCUGAAAAGCCAGCACGCUACCAUGAACCAUGAAAAUGCAUGUGGAGAAACCUCUGUCCCCUCUCCCCUGAGACUGGUGUUAGUGGGGAUGUGUGGAGUGGGAAAGAGUGCCACAGGAAACACCAUCCUGGGGAGAGAGGAGUUUGAAUCAGAGGCCAGCCCCUCACCUCUGACCCUGACGAGCAAGGAAAGAGAAGGAAAAGUGUGUGGGAGAAGAGUCCUUGUGGUGGACACUCCAGGCCUCUGCAACACUGAGCUGUCAGAGGAGAAGCUGAAAGAGGAGAUGCAGAGAGCCGUGUCUCUGUGUGACCCCAGGCCCCACGCUUUCCUCCUGGUCAUACAGUUGGGAAGAUUCACUCAGCAGGAGAAGAGAGUUAUGGAGACCCUGCAGGAGCUCUUCUCCGAGAGAGUAAAUCAGCACACCAUGAUCCUGUUCACUCAUGGAGACAGACUGAGGAAAAAAAACAUUCAGCAGUUGGUCCACAGUGACACAAACCUGCAGCAGCUUCUAAAGAAGUGUGGGGAUCGAUUCCAUGUCUUUAACAACCAGCAAAUGGAGAAUCAAUCUCAGAUCAAAGAGCUGCUGUGUAAAAUUGAUGAGAUGGUGGAUAAAUGCAUGAAGACAAUGGGGAAAGGAGCAAGCCACUACUCCACAGACAGCACCAGCACAGAGGGGAACCCUGCUCCUCAUUGCCUGCCCACUGACUCAGUUCCAGGAAAACAGCAGGGUAAAGACCUGAGGAUUAUGCUGGUGGGAAAUACUGGAGUAGGAAAGAGUGCAACAGGAAACACCAUCCUGGGGGAAGAGAAGUUUAAAUCAGAGGGCUCACAAUGUGUGAUGAAGAAAGGAGAAGUGGACGGGAGACAGGUGUCUGUGAUUGACACUCCAGGCCAGUUUUACACAGAUCCAACUAAUGAUAAGAUCAUAGAAAAGAUUAGACAGCACACCUCUAUGUGCUCUCCAGGACCCCAUGUGUUCCUGGUGGUGAUGGAGAUAGGCAAAUUUACCCAGACUACAUUGGAGAGGAUUCAGAUGGCUUUCGGUGCUGAAUCAGCCAAAUACACUAUAGCCCUGUUCACUCAUGGAGACAAACUUAAAAGAAUAACUAUUGAAGAUUAUCUGAGUGACAAUAAAGAACUUAGAGAGUUCAUUAGCCGUGUUAGAUAUCAUGUCUUUAACAAUAAGGACAUACAGAAUCGCUCUCAGGUCUCAAAGCUGCUGAAGAAAAUUGAUAAGAUGAUGGCACUCAAUGGAGGAGGCUGCUACACCAAUGAGAUUUUGAAAAGGAGCAUUGGUGGCUCAGUGGUAGAGCUCUCGCCUGACACACGGGAGACCAAGGUUCAUCAUGAGCCAGUGAAUUUUACGCCAGGAAGAGCAUCUGGCGUAAAACAUGUGCCAAAUCAAAUAAGCAGCUCGGAUGAUCUGCUGGAUCAACCCCUAACGGGAACAGCCGAAAGAGAGAGAGAGAUUCAGGGAGAGUUCGAAGGGAAAAUAUGUUUUCAAGGGCAGAAGCUAAAGAGACAUGAAGUAGGAGUGCCUGAGAAGACUACAGGGACAUUUACUGGACAUUCAGAAAAACAAGAGUGGACGGCUGAAAACCAUGCCGAAAACGGAAUUAAAGGAGGACGUUGUCUAAUACUGUGA